GUUCUUCCUGCUGGUAAACAAAUAGUCUUGUAGAUAUCGCUGUAUUCGAAGUGGAAACGAUCUGCAGAAAGACAUUUUUCCAGUGUCAUUUUGACAUCGUAUAGUUCUUUUUCGAUCGUCGAUCCUCCUCAAGGCUGGUAUUUGCUAUGGAGGUGAACGGUUAUCGCUGUCCAGAUGAGGGAGAUGCGGAGACCGAGGAGAAAGAAACGGCAGGAGGGAAACAGCAGCGGCCGUCUAAGGAGUCUGCAAGCAGAACCAAAGCGGCGGAUUGUGCAGAAAACGCAGUGGCAGCUGCAGCCGGAGGAGGCACAUCGAGGGACCGCUUGGCGUCAAAUUCUAGGACCAGGCAGAGGAUUGACUCCCUAAAAAAGAACAGGCCACCUUUCCCCUGGUUUGGGAUGGAUAUCGGAGGGACCCUGGUAAAGCUAGUGUAUUUUGAACCAAAGGACAUCACUGCAGAGGAAGAGCAGGAGGAAGUUGAAAACCUCAAGAGCAUUCGCAAAUACCUGAUGUCCAACGUUGCCUACGGUUCCACAGGGAUUCGGGAUGUUCACCUGGAGUUGAAGGACUUGACCUUGUGUGGCCGCAAAGGCAACCUGCACUUCAUCCGCUUCCCCACACAGGACAUGUCCGCCUUUAUUCAGAUGGGCCAGGAUAAGCACUUCUCCAGUCUCCAUACCACACUGUGUGCCACUGGAGGGGGUGCUUAUAAGUUUGAGCCAGAUUUCCGCAAAAUGGCAGAUCUUCAGCUCCUCAAGUUGGAUGAACUGGACUGUCUUAUAAAAGGAGUGCUAUAUAUAGAUUCAGUCAAGUUCAAUGGACACUCAGAGUGCUAUUACUUUGAAAACCCCACAGACCCAGUACAGUGUCAGAAAAAGCCCUACAACUUGGAAAACCCCUAUCCAUUGCUGUUGGUCAACAUUGGCUCUGGUGUGAGCAUUCUUGCUGUUUAUUCCAAAGACAAUUACAAGCGUGUAACAGGGACCAGUCUUGGAGGUGGAACCUUUCUUGGUUUGUGCUGUCUGCUGACUGGCUGCUCAACUUUCGAAGAAGCCUUGGAGAUGGCAACUUGUGGUGAAAGCACCACGGUGGAUAAACUAGUCCGAGAUAUCUACGGAGGCGACUAUGAGAGAUUUGGACUACCAGGAUGGGCUGUGGCAUCUAGUUUUGGGAAUAUGAUGUGCAAGGAAAAGCGUGAAUCUGUUUGUAAAGAAGACCUUGCCAGAGCUACAUUGGUCACCAUCACUAAUAACAUUGGCUCAAUAACAAGGAUGUGUGCACUGAACGAGAAUAUUGACAGGGUGGUAUUUGUGGGCAAUUUCUUGAGGAUCAAUACCCUUUCCAUGAAGCUUUUGGCAUAUGCUAUGGAUUAUUGGUCAAAGGGACAACUAAAAGCACUUUUUCUGGAACAUGAGGGUUAUUUUGGAUCUGUUGGUGCCCUACUGGAGCUGUUGAACCCAACAUAGUUCUUCACCUAGACAUACUGUAUUGGGCAAUAUUUUCAAAGCGUUUUCUCAUUUCUUUAAUUAACUCCUUUUUUUUUUAAAGGGGGAACAAAAUCAUGUUAAUGUUACAAAAUGAAAAUCAGAAUAUAAUUUGGACUCCUUAAGAAAACUUGAAAUAUAUAACUUGCUUAAUUGGUUCUAGUUUUGUAAAAUGAACAGGUGUUUUACCUCUUUCAAAAAUAGGAGUUAAUUAAUGAGUGGAGUAAAUGGUUUGAAAAUAUGCCCUAUUAUUAAAAACAAAAUACCCAACAAGGACUGAGAUAAAAAGAGACUAAAGGAGGGGUUACAUUUAGUAGGGGAAUGUUUUGUUACAUGCAAUCACUGCUUAGAGGGGUACUUACCAAGGUUUGAAAUCUUUGCACUAGCAGUAUUAUGACUGGACCACCUUUUCUGUUGUUGAAGGUAUUUGUUUUUUUUUGUUUGUUUAUGUUUGGAAUAUGCAAAGACAACGAUGUGGAUGCUCUAGUUCAAAUUCACUCCAAUGGUCAAGCUGCAAACACAGUGCGACUUACAGAAAAGGAAUCAGGGUGUCGUGUUUUAUCGAUUUGAAAAAUAUUCUCAGAUCAGCUAAAGGGGCCACUAGUAAUAAUGUAAAUAAAUGUAAAUUGUAAUGUAAAUUUUAGAAAUUGGUUAGCUCCUUUAACACAAUUGGUCAGUAAUGUUAGUUUCAUAUCUGCUUUUUCUGUUGUUCACUAUGUGCUAGUAAAAGCAAUCUCUCAAAUUAAAACUAAAACAUUACAUACUUCAGAUAUCUUUAUAAAUGCAGUGGAAGCUCAAUAGACGGAAAGCCAGAAAAUCCAGAGCUGUUUGAUCUGCCUUGAGCCACUGUAUCAUUUCACCCAUUAUAUGCAUGUUCUACUCGGCUGCAUAAUUGAGAUCUGCUAUUGGUAGUCAUGGGGGGGGGGACUUGAUUGAGUUGAUUCUGUCAGACAUGCAUGGGGAAUCCCUGAAAAUAAUGUAAUGUGAAGAGUUUAAUAAUAUUACUGUUUGUUUCUUGUAUGGGAUUGUGCCUUAAAAUUAAAAAUAUACUUGUCACCAUGAAUUGUUGAUGCUUGUAUAUGUACAAAGCUACCAGACUGUGAACCCAAAACGAACCCUAUUUUACAUAUUUUUAUUUCUUUAUGAAAAUCUCCCUUUUUAGUACCCGUGUCUUAAAAUCUAUUUAAAAUACUGUUCUUAAAACAGUCUGUCAAAAUUAAUUGAAACAUUUUCAGUUUAAGGGUAAGUACCCAUGUUAAACAUUGUUACAAGAGACUAUAAUGCAUAAUCCUGUUAUACCACGUGAUUUUUACUGGUGUAUAUUUUCUACUCUCCUCUAAAUGGGAUUGUUGGCCUUUCUUACAAAUAUGUACAGUACAGUAUUCAAGUCCAUUUUAAAUAGGAAUAGUACAUUUUUAUAAUUACAGCAGUAAGAAGGACAUAAUCAUAACGAGUUUGUAA